AUGGAAGGGAAGAGAACUGCAGCUGCUGCGCUGUACUGCUACUGUAUGCUCAUCAUGCUGUCAGUGUCAGGCCAGAAGCAUCAGGUGGCCGGGUUCACAGGGCUCUGCGGGUGCUUCGGCGACUGCUGCCAUGACUGCAGGGAGGGCCACCGCCACCCUGGGUGGUUCUGCACACUCAAGUGUGUGGAGACCUGUGCUGCCGUCGUCUCCGACGAGGUGCAAGGCGCCAUGGUAGGUACUGAUGCCGGUUGCUCCGAGAUCUGCUUGACCACCUCCAUCUGCGGCGUUGCCCAGACCACUGACGAGACAUGCAUUAUGCUCCUAAAAUUGCUCCAUUUUGAGUUGGCAGGGACAGCUGAUUCCGGUGCUAUAACUGCAGCAGCUUGUGUUGAUGAUUGCAUCGAGAACUGGAACCCAUACAAGAACAAGCACACUUGA